ACUUGCUAUGUCUAUAGGAAUGGAAAACAGAUGGGAAUAUAACAGUUCUUAGGUGGAUGUGGCCAGGUUGAAUCGGCAGUACAGAUCUGCAUGACAAAAAGUGGAUACACACUAGAGUUUAUUUAAUCAGUAUUUUCAGUGGGAGGAUCCAGGCGUGUCAUUCUUGCAGUGCAUAAGAGCAAUGUUCGAACUGAGCUUAGUCUUGUACUAGGCACGGGCUGUGACAGGAAGAAGAAGAAACGUUUGUCCUGCAAACUGCGAAGUCAGCAAAUUAAAGCGACACUUUCAGAGCAUCCAUUAUGGCUAAGCAAUGCUCCAACAAAUGUCUACAUGUGUUUGACAAGCCGAAGGUAGAACUGCACAUACAUCUCGAUGGGGCUGUUAGACCAGAGACCAUCAUGCACUUUGCUAAGAAGCGAGAGAUGAAGCUGCCAGUGGACAUGGUGGAAGAUCUGCUGCAGUUAGUCGUGUGUGAGAAGGCUGCCAGCCUGACAGAGUUCCUUGGCAAGUUUGCCCACUACAUGCCUGUAAUCGCGGGUGACAGAGAAGCUAUAAAAAGAAUAGCCUAUGAACUUGUGGAAACAAAAGCCAAAGAAGGCGUGAUAUAUGUUGAAGUUAGAUACAGUCCCCACUUGCUAGCAAACUGCAACGUGGAUCCUCUACCCUGGAACCAAAAAGAAGGUGACCUGACACCGGAUGAGGUGGUUAAUCUCGUUAAUCAAGGGCUGCGGGAAGGAGAGCAGGCGUUCAACAUCAAAGCCAGGUCCAUUCUCUGCUGCAUGCGUCACAUGCCAAAGUGGUCACUGGAGGUGGUAGAACUGUGUAAGAAGUAUCGCAAUGAGGGAGUGGUGGCAAUUGAUCUCGCAGGUGACGAGUCUUUGAACUGCAAAGCCUUGCCAGGGCACAGGCAGGCAUAUGAGGAAGCUGCCAAGAGUGGAAUCCACAGGACUGUCCACGCCGGAGAGGUUGGACCACCAUGUGUUGUUCGAGAGGCUGUAGAGCUUUUGAAAGCUGAAAGAAUUGGACAUGGCUACCACACAAUCGAAGACCGGGAGUUGUACAGCCAACUGUUACAGCAAAACAUGCAUUUUGAGACCUGUCCAAUUUCUAGCCACUUCACUGGAGCAUGUGAUCCAGAUUAUACAAAGCACCCCAUAAUCAAGUUUAGAGAAGACAAGGCCAAUUACUCUAUAAAUACAGAUGACCCAUUGAUAUUUAAUUCAACGCUUGAAGAUGAUUAUGAAAAAGCGAAGAAAUACAUGGGUUUCACAGAGGAGGAAUUUAUGAGAAUGAAUCUGAAUUCUGCUAAAUCCAGCUUCCUACCAGAGAACGAAAAGAAAGACCUCCUGAACAGGUUGUAUGAAGCCUACGAAAUGGUUCAAACCACAGAGUUUUAAAGAACAGGAUCCACUCUUACACUCUGGAAAUCUAGUCUGGCUGAUGAGGAAACAAAAGGCCUUGAUGCAAAUCUCCUGUUAAAGUGUUAGCUGAAAAUUAAAAGAGCAUUUUAAGUUGCAUUUUAAAUUAUACUACAAUAACAACUCAGGAAACAUUGCAGUCAAAUGGGAAAAUGAUUCAAUAUGUGAACAUAUUUAAUAUUCCAUUUUUUUUUUUUUUUUUUUGCUGUUGGCUAUUUUAACUUUGAUAUUAAUUUCGCUACUUAAAAAUAAUAGCAGCUGCCUUAACGCCCUGUGGCACUUAGCUGCUUUUUUAGUUUAGUUUUAUACAAAAUGUACAUUUGUUUUCGUAACCUAAUUUCUACUACUAUCAUUUUUAAACAACAAAAAAGGGGGCUUGGGUUUUAAAUAAAUGUACUGUAUGUAGUUGGAUGUUGUGACUUGACAGCACAACAGGGUGCUAUGGAGCGGCUAUAAUAACAAAGGGUUGAAUUUAAUAAAAUACAAGAGUGUUUUAUA